AUGGGAUUAUCACUUUCCUUACUCUCAUCAGCCUGGGAAGAAAUCGUUAGACAUUCUCUGUUUGGUCUGUCUUUGAAUUUCACCUUCGGUUCCAAAGAUGGGGCUGUGAUUUUGAGAUCAGGUAGCUUCAAGAAAAGAGAAUCAGACACCACUUCUGUCUUGUCAAAGGGUACCUCUACCACCAAUGGCUCAAGCAAGUUGAAGGAUUGCAGACCCGAACACAUGAUUCUUGAAAGAAACCUUUCAUGCAUUCAAGAAAUGGAGAUCAUGGGUUCUGACAGAAGUGAACAGUUGCAGCAGAAACCAGUGCCUGUUCUUUCUCUGCCUAAAGAAGUGGUUUUCUCUUCCCCUAGGCCAGCUUUUCAGCUUGAUGCUGCCGCAACUACAGUUCAAAAAGUCUACAAGAGUUACCGUACUAGAAGAAACCUUGCAGAUUGUGCUGUUGUUGUGGAAGAGCUCUGGUGGAAGGCAUUAGACUUUGCAGCUCUAAAAAGAAGUUCUGUUUCAUUCUUUAAUGUGGAGAAACAAGAAACAGCAGUGUCACGGUGGUCAAGAGCAAGGACAAGAGCAGCUAAGGUUGGAAAAGGUUUGUCCAAGGAUGAUAAGGCUCAAAAGUUGGCCCUGCAACAUUGGCUCGAAGCAAUUGACCCACGUCAUCGUUAUGGACACAAUUUGCACAUGUAUUACGAUAUUUGGUUUGAAAGCCAAAGCACCCAACCAUUUUUCUACUGGUUGGAUGUUGGAGAUGGUAAAGAAAUUAAUCUUGAGAAAUGUCCAAGGGCCAUACUACAACGACAGUGCAUUAAAUAUCUUGGACCAAAAGAAAGGGAAGAAUAUGAAGUAAUUGUUAAAAACGGGAAGCUAGUGUACAGCCAAGAUGGAAGGCUUGUGGACACUGAUGGAAAGUCCAAAUGGAUAUUUGUUCUUAGCACCACAAGGUCCUUGUAUGUAGGGCGCAAGCAGAAAGGUUCAUUUCAACACUCUAGCUUUUUAGCUGGUGCUGCUACAACAGCUGCAGGCAGAUUAGUGGCUCAACAGGGUGUGCUUGAGGCUAUUUGGCCGUACAGUGGUCACUAUCACCCCACAGAAGAGAACUUCAAGGAAUUUAUAAGCUUUCUUGAUGAGCACAAUGUGGACCUUUCCAAUGUCAAGAGAUGUGCUAUAGAUGAUGAUGCUCCUUCAAUUGUUGGGUCCAUUUCAUUUAGUGACAUUAACGAGUCACAACAAAUUAAGGGUCCCCCUCUCCCAUCCCAAUCAGGAUCGGCAGGUUCCACUAAUGUCAACAACAAUGGCAUCAACAUCAAUGCAACAGUUCAUAAAGAGAUUGAAAAGAAGGUUGAGGUCCCAGUUUUUGACGUGUCCAAGAGGUUAACAUGCAAGUGGUCUACUGGGGCAGGACCUAGGAUAGGGUGUGUGCGUGACUACCCUGAACACCUUCAAUCAAGGGCCUUGGAGCAAGUUAACCUGUCCCCUAGGCCUGCUUCUGCACGCCCAUAUAGCUACGGCCCAAUUCCAUCCCCAAGGCCCAGCCCAAAAGUUAGAAUGUCACCAAGGCUGGCUUACAUGGGCCUACCUAGCCCAAGACCUGCAAUUCCUGCUGCAAGUUAA